AUGGUCGUCCGCUUCGUCUGCGACAAGUCCAUCCCAAAGGCGCGUGCGGUCCUCACCGAAGCCACCGGCGGCAGCCUCAAGUACAACCUCACGGAGGAGAUCCGCUUGCUGUACUUUGAACAGCGUGCCAAGACCUACAUUGAGGAGGACUUCGCGCCGGAUGCGUUUGCAUAUGACAACGUCGAAGGCACUCGGCAAGCGUCCGGCUCACACCUGGAGUGCUGCCCCGGGGGCGUGGCUGCCGCGCCGCCCUUCGCGGCGGCUGCCGCCGCAUCGCAAAACAGCGCCGCCUCCUCAGUGGCGUCCGAGGUCGCGUGCCCCUCGUGCGGUUCCUACUUUCCGACCGAGGCCGCCGUCUUUGCGCACCUCGAUCCGCCGACGCAGCUCGCGCCGAAGAGCAUCGAAGCCCUCGCCGCCGAGCUCCGCUGCACCGUCUGUAUGGACAUCUUCGACGAGCCGACCUUCCUGCCGUGCGGCCACAACUUUUGCCUCGCCUGCAUCACCGAUUGCUUCCGCAUCAUGUCGCAGAUGUGCUGCCCGCUCUGCAAGGCGCCCACGUGGCGGAGGCAGGUCACGGCAAACCACUCGCUCGCGAGCAUCGUGGCCGCCUACCGGGCGAUCGCAGACGCCCAUCAAAGCUAG